AUGCCUUCCGCAAGGAACAACACCACGCUCCGGCAUACUACGCCUGAUGCGGGCGUUGAGCACAUCCUACAGAUCGUCCGCGAAGACGGAGGCGUCAUCAUAAAAGGCCUCCUCUCACGGGACCAAGUAAACACUUUCAACGAGGAGCUGGAGCCUGCCAUGGAUGAGACACGAAUGGGAUCAACACAUACCGACAACGCCUUCAUCGCGGGCUUCCACGGCGACCAGACGAAACGACUCACCAACCUCGUCACGCACAGCAAAACGUUCCGCGAGCAUAUCCUCGACAUGGACUUGAUCCAUGAGCUGGCCAUCAAAGUCUUCCAGGAGGAGUCUGGAACCUACUGGAUGAGCACAGCGCAGGUCAUUGAGAUCGGUCCCGGAAACGCGAGCCAGAUCUUGCAUCGCGACCUGGAAAACAACCCACCAUACGUCGCAAUGGGUCCCACCGGGCCCGAAGCUAUGAUCAACUUCCUCAUCGCACUGUCCGACUUCACGGAGGAGAACGGUGCGACUCGCGUGAUCCCGCAGAGCAACCACUGGCCGGACUUCACAGACCGAGGGACCCAGGAGAUGACGAUUCCUGCCGAGAUGGAAGCAGGCGACGUGCUCUUCAUCAAUGGUAAGGUGGUGCAUGGAGGCGGUGCGAAUAGGACUGAAAACCAGCGUCGCAGAGGCCUUGCCUUUACGUUUCAGCCCAGCUUCCUAACUCCCGAAGAGGCCUACCCAUUCUUAGUUGAGCUGAAGCUGGUCAAACAGAUGUCGGAGCGAGCGCAGAGCAUGAUUGGUUUCCGUUCACAGUUUCCGAAGGGAUCGCCUGGCCUGUGGCAGUCCGACUACAGAGAAAUCGCGGAACAUCUAGGUCUGUAG